UCUGUCUCAAGUUAUUUAGAAAGGCUAGAAGUCUUCCCAUGUUUUUUGAAAUCUCAAAAGUAUUUUUUUUGGCCAGAGAAAGAGACAUUUGACUACAAUAGAUCAUCUUCUAAUAUCAAAGCAUAUGAUCAGUUUCAGUUUUAAUCCCAAACGAUUUUUUUAAUGAUAUAAUGUUAUGUACGUGAUCAAUUUAAAUGGGAAGCUGUUCAAUUGCAGCGGAAUAGCGGAUUUUUAAAUACUUGGGUUGACGUCACUAAACUUUUCAAGAAGCGGUGCGCGCCGUCCGCGUUUGUGAAUAGAGACGGAACAGAACCGUGCAUGAACGAGAGAGAGCUGGGCGACAAGGAGACCGUACAAAACAAGGAAUCUUUCACUUCAUUCGGAGAGAGGGAACUGAUGAGUCAGAGGGGAGGAUAGAUGAGUGACGGACACUACUAGUGGGUUCCAGACACAUAAAUCCAAACCAAGAAGGCUCCUGAUCCACUGCAGAGCCCAGGUCUCAGUACCACCAUAGAAGCUAUCGCAGUAUGAACCGAGCUUUCAACAGGAGAAAAGAUAAAUCUGGAGGGAUGACAGCCCCCGAGGCUUUGGCCAAGAAUCACAUAGUGUACAAUGUCAAGUUCCUGGGCGUAACAGAGGUUGACCAACCAAAAGGCACAGAUGUCAUAAGGAUAGCAGUGAGAAAGCUGAAGUUCCAAAGGCAUAUCAAGAAAUCAGAGGGACACAAAACACCGAAGGUGGAGCUGCAGGUAUCCAUCUACGGAGUGAAAUUAUUAGACCCCAAGACCAGAGUAAGUCCACUGUGAGUGGCCUCAUAAUAG